AUGAAGACCCAGGUUACCAUGAUUUGUUGUUUAGUGUUUUGUCUGGUCACAGACUGUUUCCACUAUAAAUCCAAGAUUCACAUGAAAGAUGGAGAUAAACUUCAAAGCCCUGAAGGGAAACCUAAGCCUGGGAGAAUGCAAGAAAAAUGCCAUGGGCCUUGCAUCCCUUCUUCCAUCUGCAGCCAACCCUGCACUGAGCACUUUCGUGGAGAAAUAGGGUUUACAUGUAAUCAAAACAAGUGGCAAAAAUCAACUGAAACAUGCACAAGCCUUUCUGUUGAAACGCUUUUUAAGGACUCCAGUGGUGCGUCACGCCUUUCCCUAGCAUCAUCUUCUUUUCCUCUGCACGUUCUUGACUUUCGAGUUCCUGAGCCUAUUAAGAGUGUAGCCCAAGGCAUCCGCAAGAACUGUCCCCUCGAUUAUGCCUGCAUAACUGAUGCUGUGACGUCGUCGGAAACCACAUCUGGCAAUAUUGCUUUUAUAGUGAAGUUAUUAAAAAACAUUUCUGCAGACUUGUCUGAUAAUGUUACUCAAGAUAAAAUGCAGAGCUAUAGUGAAAUAGCCAACCAUAUCCUUGACACAGCUGCCAUUUCAAAUUGGGCUUUCAUUCCUGACAAGAAUGCCAGCUCAGACUUAUUAGAAUCAGUGAAUUCAUUUGCUAGGAAACUCAACAUCCAUGAUGAAUCUGAGAACAUUGUGGAUCAACUCUUCAUCCAGACGAAAGGCUCUCACAUCCAUCACAACACCUCAGAGAUGCAUUUCAGAUUCUCCAAUGGCAUGAAUAACACCACAAAAGGUAUCUUAGGAAUUAUAGAAAUCCCCAGGCAAGAGCUACAGAAGUUGCCACCACGUUCAUCUCAAGCUAUUGGCAUAGCUUUCCCAACCUUGGGGUCGGUUCUGAAAGAAGCCCACUGGUCAAAUAUGAGUCUUUCCAAACCCAUAAAUGGUCUGGUCCUGUCGGUGGUGUUGCCAGAAACACUGAAAGAAAUCUUACUCACCUUUGAAAAAAUCAAUAAAUCCCAGAAUGUUAGGGCACAGUGUGUUGGCUGGAACUCUAAGAACAGGAGUUGGAAUGAGAAAGCAUGCAAAAAGAUGUUGGAUAUCACUAACCAAGUGGAAUGCUGCUGUAACUACACCAAUGCCAUGAAGUCUUUCUCCAUCCUAAUGUCCCCCACAACUGUGAUGGACAAAGUCCUGGACUACAUCACUUGCACUGGACUCAGCAUCUCAAUCCUUAGCUUGGUUCUUUGCCUGAUCAUUGAAGCCACAGUCUGGUCCCGCGUGGUUGUGACAGAGAUAUCAUACAUGCGGCAUGUGUGCAUCGUGAACAUAGCAGUGUCACUCCUGACUGCAAACGUGUGGUUCGUCAUAGGUUCUCACUUUAACAUAAAGGACUACAAGUGGUGUGUUGCAAUAACGUUUUUCAGCCACUUUUUCUACCUCUCCCUGUUUUUCUGGAUGCUCUUCAAAGCGCUGCUUAUCAUCUAUGGAAUACUGGUGGUUUUCCGUAGGAUGAUGAAAUCCUGCCUGAUGGCCAUUGGCUUUGCCAUUGGCUAUGGGUGCCCACUAGUGAUUGCUGUCACCACAAUUGGUGUCACAGAGCCGAAGCAAGGCUACAUGAGGUGUGGUGCCUGUUGGCUUAAAUGGGACCAUACCAAAGCUCUUUUUGCAUUUGCCAUCCCAGUCUUGGUCAUUGUGGCUGUGAAUCUCCUUGUGGUUUUGGCUGUUGCUGUCAAUACCCAGAGGCCCUCUAUUGGCAGUUCCAAAUCCCAGGAUAUAGCCAUAGUUCUGAGGAUCAGCAAAAAUGUUGCCAUCCUUACCCCACUGCUGGGACUGACCUGGGGUUUUGGAAUAGCCACUCUUGUAGAAGACACUCCCUUGAUAUUCCAUAUAAUAUUUUCCCUCCUCAAUGCUUUCCAGGGCUUUUUCAUCUUGCUGUUUGGAACCAUUAUGGAUCACAAGAUAAGAGAUGCUCUGAGGAUCAGGAUAUCUUCGCUGAAGGAGAGAUCAAGGGCAGCAGAGAAUGCAUCAUUAAGUCCAACCAAUGGAUCUAGAUUGAUGCAUCAUUGA